ACUGUUUCGUCACGCACGUAUCGAGUUAUAGGCUAUUUCAUCUCAUCACGCAGAGCGUUCUUGCGUUCAAAAACAUCUCGACAUCGUGUAAAAACGGAGAGGAACGGAACGCACGGGGGAUGUGUCUUUUAAAGCUGAGCUGUUUUUUAACCUCACAGUGCGUCUUAAAACACAACGCGAUUAGGAAUAAAGAGCAGGACGCGACGUAACAGUCAAAGACAUCCGCCUGACGCAUCUAAGCAAUUAAAAACAGCGUAGACGGAACGCAACAGCACGUUCUGUGUGAACGCCCCCCCAAAACGCGGGUCAUUCAUCGAACCACUGAAGGGUGUCCGUCCGUCCUCUUACAGUACGUAACCAUGACAACAGCCCCGGAUGGUGGAGCGCGAGGGUAGACAGGUGUUGGGUUGCGCAGAGGAGAGACACCUACGCGAUCGCUCCAUACUUUCCCAUGUAUCCUGCCUUCAUCUUCUGCACGCGAGGAUCUCUGUCGGGAACCACCAUGGUGCAUCACUCUGGAUCCAUACAGUCCUUCAAGCAGCAGAAGGCAGGUAUGCACAACAGUAUCAGUGAGAUUUUGAAGGAGAAAGCGCUAAAGUCGUCUCGCCGCAGUUUGCCGUGUCUGGCUCAGAGUCAGACGCAUCCUCAGAACCUCAAUCACUUCCUGUCUGUGCCUCUGAGUCCUGAACCCAAAACAUACUCUCACAGCGUCAGUGCCUCCUGCACACAAAUCACACCUCCUUCCACAGACACUAGUCAGGAUGUCUACAUGGAAGAGAAGGAGGUGGGGGAGUUUGAGCCUAAAACGGAUGAAACGUUCCUCGUCCAGCAGAAGCCUGUGUCCAGAGCAAAGCUAGAGGCCCGCACAGACUCCGUACAGGGGAACAAUCUAGAAAAGCCCUCGGGAUUGAUGUUUAGAGAUGGGAAGAAGCGCAUUGACUAUAUAUUAGUCUAUAAGAAAUCCAGCCCUCAGGUGGAGAAGAGGUGCACGUUUGAGAGGAACCUGCGGGCGGAAGGGCUAAUGCUGGAGAAGGAGCCCUCACUAACAAACAGUGAUAUCCUGUUUGUGAAGAUUCAUGCGCCGUGGGACACGCUGUGUAAAUAUGCUGAGCAGAUGAACAUUAGAAUGCCCUUCAGGAAAAAGUGUUACUUCACAGACUGGAAGAAAAAAAAUAUGGGCAGUCGAUUUCAGUUGAAAUUUCGUCAGUUGAAGAGCUGGCUUCCCAGAAACCCCAUGAAACUGGAUAAAGAGGCGUUACCAGACCUGGAGGAAUCCGACUGCUACACUGCCCCCUUCAGCAGGGCCAGAAUGCACCAUUUUACCAUCAACAACAGGGAGACGUUUUUCUCAAACUCGACCAGAAGCAGGAUAGUACAUCAUGUACUACAGCGCACAAAGUAUGAGGACGGGAAGUCUAAGAUGGCUCCUCCAUUGUGUUGUCUGUUUCUGCUUAAUUAUUAUGAGCAUCAAGAGCGGCUCCUCAUGGGCCAGUCGGGGAGUUCAUGGGAAGGUAUUAAUCGGUUACUUGGCAACAGCACGUAUGAGGCAGCGUUUCCUCCACAUGAGGGAAGUUAUAAAAGCAGACAUCCGAUUAAAACCCAUGGGGCUCAAAACCACAGACACCUUCUGUACGAGAGAUGGGCACGCUGGGGGAUCUGGUACAAAUACCAGCCUCUAGACCUCAUACGGCGGUACUUUGGGGAGAAGAUUGGGCUGUAUUUUGCCUGGUUGGGCUGGUAUACAGGCAUGCUGAUCCCUGCUGCUUUUGUCGGCCUCUUCGUCUUCCUCUAUGGGCUUUUCACCAUGGACUCCAGCCAAGUAAGUAAAGAGAUAUGUGAGGCCAACACCACUGUCAUGUGCCCCAUGUGUGAAGGCAACUGCAGCUCUUGGACGCUGAGUGACAGCUGUGUCUAUGCAAAGGUGACCUAUCUUUUUGAUAAUGGAGGAACAGUAUUCUUUGCUAUCUUCAUGGCAAUAUGGGCCACAGUAUUCCUUGAGUUCUGGAAGAGGAGAAGGGCGGAGCUAACAUACGACUGGGAUUUGAUUGACUGGGAGGAAGAAGAGGAAGAACUACGGCCCCAGUUUGAAGCCAAAUACUCCCGGAAGGAGAGAGUAAACCCCAUCUCAGGGAAACCAGAGCCCUUCCAGCCCUUCACAGACAAACUCAGCCGACUCAUGGUGUCUGUUUCGGGAAUCUUCUUCAUGAUCUCUCUGGUCCUGACAGCCGUGUUUGCCGUGGUGGUGUUCCGCCUCAUUGCCAUGGAGAAGUUUGCUUCUUUCCAGUGGGAGUUUGUGAAGAAGAACUGGCAAUUCGCCACCUCAGGCACUGGAGUCUGCAUCAACUUCAUGAUCAUCAUGUCUCUGAACGUGGUCUAUGAGAAAGUGGCCUACCUACUUACAAACCUGGAACAUCCACGGACAGAGUCAGAAUGGGAAAACAGCUUUGCCCUCAAAAUGUUCCUCUUCCAGUUCGUCAACCUCAACAGCUCGACCUUCUACAUUGCUUUCUUUUUAGGAAGGUUUGCUGGCAGGCCGGGUGACUAUAAUAAGCUGUUUAACCGGUGGAGGAUGGAGGAGUGUCAUCCCAGUGGUUGUCUGAUUGACUUGUGCCUACAGAUGGGAGUGAUUAUGGUGUUGAAACAGAUCUGGAAUAACUUCAUGGAGCUGGGCUACCCACUGCUGCAGAACUGGUGGUCCCGGCGUAAGAUGAAACGUGCAGGAGAGCAGAAUAAGAGUAAAGAACAGCUGCCACAGUGGGAUAGAGACUGGAACCUGCAGCCUAUGAACGCCCACGGGCUGGUGGACGAGUAUCUGGAGAUGGUUCUACAGUUUGGUUUCACCACAAUCUUUGUGGCGGCAUUUCCUUUGGCUCCUCUGCUUGCUCUGCUCAACAACAUAAUCGAGAUCCGAUUAGACGCCUACAAGUUUGUCACGCAGUGGAGGAGACCGAUGCCUGCUCGUGCUACUGACAUCGGUAUCUGGCAUGGUGUCCUGGAGGGAAUUGGAGUCGUGGCUGUCAUAACAAAUGCAUUCGUCAUUGCCAUCACUUCAGAUUACAUCCCUCGCUUUGUCUAUGCUUUCAAAUAUGGGCCCUGUGUGGACAAGGGUUACCGGCAUGAGAAAUGUCUAAGAGGAUACUUGAACAACAGCCUGUCUGUUUUUAAUAUGGGUGAAUUGAAAAAUGGGAGUUAUCAUCCUCAAUACUGCAGGUAUCGAGAUUACAGAGCGCCUCCAUGGAGUCCUGAACCCUACGAAUUCACCCUGCAGUUCUGGCAUGUUUUGGCUGCCAGAUUAGCCUUCAUCAUAGUCUUUGAGCACCUGGUGUUUGGCAUUAAGACCUUCAUAGCCCAUAUGAUUCCAGACAUGCCCAAAGACCUAUCUGAUCGCAUGCGCAGGGAGAAAUACCUGAUGCAGGAGAUGAUGUAUGAGACGGAACUGGAGCACCUGCAGAAAGAGCGGAAAAAGAAUGGCAAACGUUAUCACCAUGAGUGGCCUUAGCCAUGCCUGUCCAUAAAUACACAAAAAAUGCCCAAUGGAGAACCACAUACACUACCCACAAAAGCACAUAAAGAGCGGCGGACAAGCGUCCUUGCAACAUGCACACCUGCAGCACAUAUAUGAACACGGACAUUCAUGUACAACCGUUUUGCUACCUUGGACAGCUAGCUUUAUUGACUCCAUGCAUGGGCUGCCCACUUAUCAUUGCUGUGACAAACCAGGGAAUGGAUUCAGUGUUUCGGGUCAAAACCUGAUCUCCGGGUGGCCCUUUAGAGCCAAGAGUUGGCAGCUGUACUCUGCACCAAAGAGGUUCUUCUCAAUCACAUCCCUACCCGAGACCUCCGAUUAUCCUAUAUUUUCAUCCUGAGUAGUUCUAAAACUUUACUGAUUGGCUACUUAAACUUUUGGCUCAUUAGCUAAAAGUAGCUAUGAAAGCAGUCUGGCAAAAUUAUGGAUUGGGAUAAAGAAGUUUGAGAAUCACUAUACUAAAGAAAGUCAUGAUUGGGCAUUUUAUCAAUAGAAAUGUGUCUUGAGGGUAUGGAAUGAAAGGGAUUAGUUUGAAAUCAAGCGGAAAUUAAAUCAAAUGGAUUUCCGAAAACACAACUGGAUCCACCUGGCUUCUUAAGAGUCAACAAACGUCUGUGCCAGAGUACGCUGCAGCACAUGAAGGAGUUUCACUUCCACAAACCACCGCUUUGUCCAUGUGAAGCAUCAUCAACAUUGAGAUCAAUGGAUUACAGUGUUUUCUGACACACCGUAAACUCCAGUGUGUAGGUGGGAAAUAUCAUUCAUUGAACACGCAUCCUUCUCAGCAUGGCCUGCAGUGGCGCUGCUCUUUCAUCUGUGUUCUGUAGUAGUUCUGAAUGGAGCACUUGUGCAGUUGGACUGUUUACUGUGCAGAUGAAGGGCUUUUGGAGUUCUUGUUUUCUGCUUGCCUACUUGUCUGCGUCUCUGUGCGUGGCAGCUUUGAAGCAGUUCUCUACCUGGUGACCAGGCAAUGUGACGACGUUUACUCUCGAACAUAUUUACCAGUGCGCCCUCUCUCUUCGCUUGCCAGCAUCAUACAUUGUGAUUCUUGUUACAAAAGUGGUUUCUGGUAAAGGUUACCAAAUAAAAAUCAGUUUGUUUAUGCAAAUGAACAGUUUUUAUGUACUGCAUCGCCUUGAAAAGAUAUGCAGAUCUGUCUUUGAGUACAAUAAGUCAUUGUGUCAAGGCAAAUGAAAUAAAACAAAUAGCCAAUAUUGGCAAAAUGGUGAUAUACUGUAAGUAACAUGCAUGUUUUUUUAUUGCAUGUUGUUUAUUUGUUUUUCAUUAUUUUAUAAGACUAUGUGCUUUGUUCAUAGGCCUGGUUUUGUAGCGUGUGUGAGCUGAAUUGAUGUGUGAGUGAGCUGUGUUUGUUGCUCGGCUGUCAUGAGUUUUGUGUUUCCAUCAGCCUAUGUGCAAGACAGUGGCUAUCUUUGGAACAACAUACUAGUAUCUCUGCAGUAUAUAGUAUGUAUGCUGUGAAUUUUCUCUGUGUGUAAAACACCUGGAUGAAUUAGUAUGUUUGCAAAAGUAUUAAGCAUACAACCUGUGUGAGCUGUGUAGAAUGCAGUAUCCCUCAAUGCAAUGCUUUCGACUUAAACCUACAGUACAAUAGAGUGAUGCAGUGAUGAAAUACUUUUGUUCAGAAUAAUAGAACUGGAAGUGCAUUGGCCUA